AUGAAAUUUAUAUGGACUUGGCUUAUCUUGACUAUCGUGGGUGUAAUAUGUCUACCAGUAAAAGGAAAUGUUAAUUAUACCAAUUCAACGAAUGCGACUACGAUAUGUCGUAAUGCACGAACGAAUCCGUUCUUGUCGACCUCGAUUUGGAAUACAGCUAUUGGUAGUGGAGCAGUGUUCCACGAUCCAGGUAUCUUUCGUUCGCCAUUUCCAUUGCCCGCCAACUUCUUUUCCGAUGAUGACUACUUUAUCAUCACAUCCACCAAUGAUCCGCUGACAGUGUGGUACAAUCAAGGCUGGUGGGGAAAUCCGAGCGGUGCCGGACACUGUAACAUUAUGGGAGGACCUGGCUACGUGUGGCCUGCACUAAAUUGCGACGGCUAUGCAUUCGAUCCAGACGCUCAAUAUCCUUAUGGUGGCACUGAUAUUUAUUUGUCACCUGGCGCACUUCUUGCCAUUCCCUCCAGCAUCGCUGUCAACGUCACUACCGUACCGGGACAGAAGAUGCUGUUUGUACUGCGGAACUACGGUGGCUAUCUGUGCGAUGACACAUACUAUAGUCGUGGAACAGUGUGCACUGAACAUGGUGUGACUGAUGAAUUUCAAGUUGCAUAUGGUUAUGCCUUCGACUCUGGUCCCACGGGUCUCGGUGCUGCCUGGUAUGCUGAUAUGUUGGCACUGUUUCAAGCACUGCACGUCGUGAUCAACAACCGUCAGAACACGAUUGGUGGUGGAGGCACACCGCUGCAAUCGUUAGCUCCUCCCGUCUGUCCUGUUGGCGUCCAAAGUAGCGGAAGAGGUGUAAAAGUACAAGUUAUUACCUUUAUUCUUACUCUCUUCUCUUGCAUGAACAUUUAUUCAUUUUAUUAA